CUACUUACGCAUUCUGUUUUUGGCCAAGGAAAAUAAGCAAAACCGAGAAUUUUUUUUAUAUGGUUAAAACUUAUAAGCUAUAUGAAGAAACUGUUUUGAUAUUAAUUGUGUAUAUAGACUUGUGCUUAGAACUUCGAAUGUGGAAAAAAUAAUUGGUAAAAUGGAGCCUACAUCCAAAGAAGGGUGCCGACUUUGCCUGGAUCUGUUUGCCGAAAAUUUCUGUUCAAUUACAUCCGAAGAACUGCAAAAGCAAAUUAGCAAAGUGUUUCAUUUUGCAAUUGAAAUAAUGGAUGGAUUUCCUACAGCCGUUUGUCAAAGCUGUGCGUACACUGUAUCUGAAUUCUUUCAGUAUUCUGAAAAGGUCCGUCUCAAUCAAGAAAAGUUAAUGGUUGAGUUAAGUGGAGAAAAGAAGGUUGACCAAGCAGCGCUGGAAGAAACAAAAUUAAUUGUAGACUUGAAAGAUGAGCAACAAAUUGAAGCAAUAAUGCUGGCGGAAACGAAAUUCGAUGUUUCUGAUGAUUGGAUUGACGAAACGGCUCCUGAAGUGGACAAGUUGAGCGAAAAAAGCGUAGAAAGUGUAUGUUCGCCGGACGAACCAGAUGAAACACUAAAUACGUCAGAUCGCUCGUCCAAAAGACCUAGAACUCAAAAAUCAGAACGAAAAUGUAGAAAAGUUGCUGAAAAAACAAGAAAAAACACCGUCCGUUCAAAGAAAGAACGCGAACAAGAAAAUGAAACGAUAAAUAGUUUCUUUCAGAUGAAUUGCGAUAUGUGUGGGGAGAGCUUUGCCAAUGUAGUCACGCUGAAGGCUCAUUUUCGAAAACAACAUGACACCUCGGGUUAUGUUGUGUGUUGCGGAAAAAAGAUAUAUGUUAAAAGCAGCAUGAUUAAUCAUAUAGCACUGCACCAGGAUCCAGAUGCAUUUCGUUGCAAAUUGUGCAAUAAAAGUUACAAAAACAAAGAAUACUUUACCCAGCAUCAGCAGACUGUUCAUGGCAGUGAAGGCGAAACGGCAUUUAGGUGUGAUACUUGCGGUCUCGGAUUUGAUAAGCAAUACACGCUUCGAGCACACACCACGAAAUACCACGAAAAGGUUAAGUGUCCACAUUGCGACAAACAGUUAGCAAAUAAGUUCGUUCUCAAGAAUCACAUUGUUUUUAAACAUCAGAAUACAGAUCGACAAAUGAUUUGCGACGUUUGUGGACGAGAGUUUCUAAAUAAGCAAUUUUUUGAUCGCCAUAUAUUGGCGCACAAAGGAAUUGAAACUAAAAGCUUUCAAUGUCAGAUUUGCCAGAAAUGGUUAAAAGGAGAACGGAAUUUUCAGCAGCAUUUGCAGUACGUGCAUUAUGAAGCCGGAAAGUCGCACAUUUGCAGUAUUUGUAAACAGAACUAUCCAAACUCAAGAGCGCUUUAUAAGCAUAAAAGUAAAGUUCACGUAGAGGAAAAAUAUGAGUGUGAAUUUUGCGGAAGAAAAUUCAAACAGGCGCUGUAUUUGAAGUUUCUCUUCAGGAACAUAGAGCAACCCACACAGGGGAACGGUUGUAUUGCUGUAAGUUUUGCGAUCAUACUAUGAAUUCGAAGGCAAACCUUUAUGUACACAUGAAAAAAAAUCAUCCUAUUGAAAGAGCAGAAGAGAAACAAAAAUCUGCACUAGCAAAAAGUCAUGUA